UGACGGAACAUCUCUCUGCUGCUUCAACCCGAAGUGAGACUCGAUCCUGCUUCGUUCUUCUCCUCCACAUCUUCCUCUUCCGCUCUCUCUUCUUCUCUGCUCCUCUUCCUCUCUGCCAGGACUCUUCGCGGAUCUGCGGAUUUUAAAGUCACGUUUUUUCCUGCAGCAGGUGUCGCAGCUUGAAGCGUCUCGGGAUUUAAAGUUUCACUUCUCUCAGUUUUCUUCCACGUGCUUCUGUCUGUUCUUCUUCUCUUCGUGUUAGAUCGUGUUUCCUGGAGCAGCGGAACCCUGCAGGUGGAGGUGGAGAUUUUUCAUCUCAAAUCUCAUUUGUUUUCCUUCGUCGAGUGUAACUCUACAGAUAUGAAGCCUCAAACCCCUGAAGAAGAGUCAAGACAAAAAACCACAGAACAAGAUUUGGGACCUUUGAAGAAAUGAUGGUAACUUCUUGAGUAGAUAGACUGAAGGAGCCUUUAAACUCCCUCAGAAUCUGGAGGAAACUAAAGAAUCUGAAGAACCUCAGAGAGACUCUAUGGUACCUGGAGAUUCUGAGGAACCCAAGAAGAACCUUGAGAAGCUUUGAAGAAUCCCAGAGGAACUUUCAGAGGAACCUGUUGAACCCCCGGAAAUAAACAAGAUCCUGUAGGGACAGGGAAUCUCAUAGUCUGGGGGUCCUAGGAACCCUAACAAGUCUGGAGCAGUCCUGAGAACUCUUCAGGGCCCCCCACAGGACUGAUGGGCACCCUGCGGGACCUGCAGUAUGCCCUCCAGGAGAAGAUCGAGGAGCUGCGGCAGCGAGAUGCCCUGAUCGACGAGCUGGAGCUGGAGCUGGAUCAGAAGGACGAGCUGAUCCAACGACUGCAGAAUGAGCUGGACAAGUACCGGUCUGUGAUCCGGCCGGCCACCGCACAGCAGGUCCAGGCUCAGCAGCAGAUCCUGGUCCUGCAGCCGGACCAGCAGCGCAGCAAGAGGCAGGCCAUCUCCGCCGAGCCCACGGCCUGUGACAUCAGCGCCCUCAGCCACGUCACCCUGCCAUUCUACCCCAAGAGUCCUGAAUCAAAGGAUCUGAUCAAAGACGCCAUCUUGGACAACGACUUCAUGAAGAACCUGGAGCUGUCUCAGACCCAGGAGAUCGUGGACUGCAUGUACCCGGUGGAUUAUGGGAAAGACGCGUGCAUCAUCAGAGAGGGCGACGUGGGCUCCCUCGUCUUCGUCAUGGAAGAGGGGAAGGUGGAGGUGACUAAAGAGGAGAUGAAGUUGUGCACAAUGGGACCAGGAAAAGUGUUUGGAGAACUCGCCAUCCUCUACAACUGCACCCGCACGGCUACUGUCCGGACUCUGACACACGUGAAGCUGUGGGCCAUCGACCGUCAGUGUUUCCAGACGAUCAUGAUGAGAACUGGACUCAUCAAACACGCAGAGUACAUGGACCUGCUGAGCAGCGUUCCGACCUUCAAGGUUCUUCCAGAGGAAACUCUCCGUAAACUGGCCGACGUCAUGGAGGAGACACACUAUGAAGACGGCGAGUUCAUCAUCAGACAGGGCGCCCGCGGCGACACCUUCUUCAUCAUCAGCAAGGGAAAGGUGAACGUGAGCGAGGAGAACUCAGCCAAUCAGGAGCCAGUUCACCUCCGAGAGCUCGUCAGGGGAGACUGGUUUGGAGAGAGAGCGCUGCAGGGGGAGGACGUGAGGACAGCCAGCGUCAUCGCUGCCGACACGGUCACCUGCCUGGUCAUCGACAGAGACUCGUUCAAGCAUCUGAUUGGUGGAUUAGACGACGUCUCAAAUAAAGGUUACGAGGACGCUGAAGCUAAAGCAAAAUACGCGGCGGAGAACGUCUUCUUCUCCAGCCUGAAGCUGAGCGACUUCAACAUCAUCGACACGCUGGGAGUCGGAGGCUUCGGCCGCGUGGAGCUGGUGCAGCUGAAGAACGAUGAAGCAAAGACGUUCGCCAUGAAGAUCCUGAAGAAACGACACAUCGUGGACACGAGACAACAAGAACACAUCCGCUCCGAGAAGGUCAUCAUGACCGAGGCUCACUCGGACUUCAUCGUCAGGUUGUAUCGGACGUUUAAAGACAGUAAAUAUCUGUACAUGCUGCUGGAGGCUUGUCUGGGAGGAGAGCUGUGGACCAUCCUGAGAGACAGGGGCUCGUUUGAAGACUCGACCACCAGGUUCUACACGGCCUGUGUCGUGGAAGCCUUCUCCUACCUGCACGCCAAAGGAAUCAUCUACAGAGACCUGAAGCCGGAGAACCUCAUACUGGAUAGUCGAGGAUACGCCAAGCUGGUCGACUUUGGUUUUGCCAAGAAGAUCGGUUUCUGUAAGAAGACGUGGACGUUCUGCGGGACGCCGGAGUACGUGGCUCCAGAGAUCAUCCUCAACAAAGGUCACGACGUCUCUGCAGACUACUGGUCUCUGGGCAUCCUGAUGUUCGAGCUGCUGACCGGCAGUCCCCCGUUCUCAGGCCCAGACCCAAUGAAAACCUACAACAUCAUUCUGAGAGGUAUCGACAUGAUCGAGUUCCCCAAGAAGGUCACCAAGAAUGCAGCCAGCCUCAUAAAGAAGCUCUGCAGAGACAAUCCGUCAGAGAGACUCGGAAACCUGAAGAACGGAGUCAAAGACCUUCAGAAGCACAAGUGGUUUGAAGGUUUUAACUGGGAGGGUCUAAAGAAAGGAACCCUGACUCCGCCCAUCACACCUGACGUUUCUUCUCCAACUGACACCAGCCACUUCGACAGUUUCCCUGAAGACACGGACGAGCCGCCACCAGACGACAACACUGGAUGGGACUUUGACUUUUAAAGUAAACCUGAAGCUCUGAAGAUAAAGAGGACGAAUGAAACCAAUUAUACUGCGUGUCUCCACCUGAAGAGCCUGGGACGUCUGAGCAGGGCUGGACCCUUUGGGAAUCAAACCUUCAACGUUUUGUCGGGACAUCGUGUCCCCAAAUUAGUUGAGCACUAUCAUUUCUCACAAGUGGGUCAAAAUAACUUUGGCAACACAAGUUAACAUGGUUUAAAAAACAGUUAGACCAGCUCCCUUCAGCUCCACCUGGAGGGCAACAAAGACACUGCAGCCAGCAGGAAACCUCUGCGCCUAUCAAGUGUCCUCUCAUCCCUGGAUGACCUUUGACCCCUCUUAGGGUCGACUUCCUAUCCUUGACAUCUGGAUGGUGAGUUGAGGGGUCGGGCGAAGGAGAGGAAGUGAAGCUUAAGGUCACUAUGAUGCUUUCACUUCAUGAUUCAUCAAAACCACAAUUUGAAACACAGAACUCUUCACUUUCCUGUCGUGUAACACAAAGACAGAGUCUGAGACAACUGAAGAAGAACCAGCUAACAUCGGCCUCCUCUUCUUUUUAAAUAACUGAAGAGUUUUUUAAAUUCAUAAGAUGUUCAGCCUCAUGACUUCUCAGUUAAUCAACACAGAAGAACCAGUUUGUCAAAUAAAGAAAGAAAACUUUGAAGAGUUGAAGUCGACCUGAUAAUCGAUGAUUUGAUCAGUUUGUGAUGCAUCCACAGAAGUAUAAGGGUUUCACGUUGGUACGAAGCCUUUUUAUUCGCAGUCUGAUCGUGUUGUGAUAUUUUUGUGAAACCAUCAGUGAAGUGAUUCUGUGAGCUCUGCAUGAAAAUAACGUGUUCCAUUUUCACCUCCAGAGGGCGAUGUUGAGUCAGGCACGCAUCUUCAACGCACCGGGCCAAGUCCGGCGUCAGAAAGAAUUUAUCAACAUUUAAGGAAAACAUUUAGUUUGUUGGUUCCACAGCUGGAGUCAGACCACAGUUAGCUUAGCUUAGCAUAGACCGUCCAAUGUUUCCCCAACAGCUCUGAAGUCUGAAGAACUUAUAUCUCAUCUGUUGAAAACGUAAUCAGAAGACGUAGGAAUAUGUGUCUUCAUCACACAGAACUGGUCUGGAUCCAGUGAGGGAUCUGGUCUGGAUCCAGUGAGGGAACUGGUCUGGAUCCAGUGAGGGAUCUGGUCUGGAUCCAGUGAGGGAACUGCUCUGGAUCUAGUGAGGGAUCUGGUCUGGAUCCAGUGAGGGAACUGGUCUGGAUCCAGUGAGGGAUCUGGUCUGGAUCCAGUGAGGGAACUGCUCUGGAUCCAGUGAGGGAUCUGGUCUGGAUCCAGUGAGGGAACUGGUCAGGAUCCAUUGAGGGAACUGGUCUGGAUCCAGUGAGGGAUCUGGUCUGGAUCCAGUGAGGGAACUGGUCUGGAUCCAGUGAGGGAUCUGGUCUGGA